UUUCUCUUCGCUAUCGUCAAUCGGAAUUCCAGCACCGCCGCUGUCAAUUUCUCUCGUAGUUAAACACCAAAUUUUCCCGAGAAACAUACAAAGUAUUGGCUAGAACUCUCCAGUUCAUUUUUUCCUCCCAUGCCCACCCGAGUUUAUCCAUUUGCCUCGUUUUAGCAGAAGGAAAAGAAAAUAAAAUUAUCUGAUCAAAUCUUUUUUCAUUCUUCCUCGGAUUAUAGAGUUCAAGACAUUCUCAUCUACGAAUUUGCUCGAGAUAAAGAAGAUGACAAUCACAAUACAUCAGCAAAAUCAGGGCCAUCAAUCGAGAGUUUUCGACGACCUGUCGGCGCUGAUUCUGAAUCUUCUACGAGUGCCUCCACCGGCGCUGUCUUUCUCCGUCCAAUCACCGUACUCGGAGAGAAGGCUUUAUCAGCGAACGAUAUCGCCGGCGGGGUUCGCAUGGCUGAUGCUGGGGAUAUCUGUUUCGUUGAUGUUUUGUGGAUGGGUUACUUUCUUCAUAGGGUUGAUGCUGAUGCCUUGGGUUCUUGGUUUGGCGGUGCUGCUUUACGUUGCUGGGAUUGUUUCAAGCGUUUCCAUGUUAGGCCGUUCGAUUCUUUGUUAUGCCAUGGCCCCUCUCUUGCCGCGAAAGGAUAUUCCUGCAUGAUAAAGAGGGUUCAGUCAGAGAGUUGACAUGGUUCGGAGAAUCGAGCAGCGUUUUAUAUCUUGCACGCCUAUAUGCACAUAUGUACCUUCUUUGUCAAAUAGAAUACAAGGGAUGGACCCAUGACUGGAUCUUGGAUCCCAUCCUAUUUUUAAAAUUUUAUAUAAUUUAACUAUAUUUUUUUAUA